AUGUUCUUUGAUCGCGAAUCAACAGUAGUUAUCACGAAACUACAUAACUUGUCUGAAUCAGUAUUAACUUCUUAUUGUCAAAAGUUUGGUACAGUCCUUCGAUGUUUUAUUAAAUCGUCUUCACAAACACCAAAGAAAGACCUUUAUGCUUUAGUGAAAUUUGCCGACGUAUCCAGUGUCGCUUCUAUCAUCAGUCAUCAUCGACCCAACGCAUCAUCAUCAUUAUCUCGUACACAAACGACACCAAAUCUAAUGCCAAUCAGUCAACAAAAGCAGAAUUCUCCAAACAAUCCAGCUGCUCCCUCUUACGAGCAAUUAGUUCAAGAAAAUCAAGCUUUGAAGCAUGAUAUAGCCAACCUUCAAAAGUCUCUAGUCGAAGCCCAGACAUAUUCGAGAACGGCCUAUGAUACCUUUCAAGUUCUACGCGAAAAAUUCGAAGCAGAGCAAGCGUUAACAAACAAAUUAAAACAAGAGCACGCAGUUUCGGUUGAAUCCUAUGAAGCUCGAUUGAAACAACUAUCUGAAACAUCGGCAACGAUACCAAAAGAUAAAGUCAAAGAUGAGCCCAUUGAUUGUCACAAUCAAGAAAAUCGACUUGCCAAUCAUUUACUCGAAAUUCAAAUCGUGAAAGAUUGUCUCGAACAAGCACAAAUUGAUUUGGGUAAAUGCCAAACAGAGAAUGCCAUAUUGAACGCGAAACUUAAUUCUCGUGAACAACAAUUCGAAGCCAAAUACAAAGAGUUGAAUAAUCAAUACCUACUGAUGAAGAAGAAAUACGAACAUAUCUCCUCGUGUGUGAAAGACUUUCAUUUGAAACUAUAUCCAAGAAAACGAGUCAAAGCCGAAUCCAAAGAAGAACGAUCUUCUCAACACAUGGACGAUUCCAACGACGACGUCGUGGAGAUCGUUAUGCAAGUAGAUGCGCCAGCAUGUGAAAAAGAAUAG